AUGGAAAAUAUCAACAUCCCAUCGCCGUCCACGAUCCUAGACUCGUCCGACACCGUCCCGUUCACGCGGGGCAAGCCUGCUUCGCCUCCCAAAAGGGCGAAGCAGAUCGGAAGUGCGGCGCAAAAGCCCAAACAGACAAAGAGCCGCAAUGGUUGCAUCACCUGCAAGGCGAAGCGGCUGAAGUGCGAUGAAACCAAACCGGCUUGUCACCAGUGCGAAAGGCGAAAGGUUCAGUGUGGCGGAUACAAGAAGGAUUUCAAGUGGCGGCCCUUUGAAGAGACCAACCUAGCGGUGGGGCGGCCCACCAAGGCUCAGAAGCCAAAUGCUCCUCUUUCCUUGACUGAGCCCGGAGGUAUCCCAACGCCCCCGAAUACCGAGUAUCCUACCCCCAGAAUACAUGCUGCGCAUUCUGUCAUAACAUCUCCCCCGGAAUCCUCAUUGCAUAGCUCUCCUGCUAGCAUCAAGAGUUAUCUGUCUGCUGAGGCCCUUUCUUUUGACGGGUUCUGUGACCUUCGAGAUGAAAGAACGGCAGCGGAAGAGUCAGAUACCCCAAUCGGGGUAUCUGUUCCCGCUGAUGACUCCUUGAAUUUUCAUUCUUUCCUUGGACCCUUUCAACAUAUUCCAUUCUCAGAUGAAAUCUUUCUGGAGCAAGGUCUGGAUAGUGAUGCAGGUCCGGUACCGUAUGAUCCAGGUUUACCAACUGACUAUGAAUCUCUUAGCUUCUCCCACCUACUGGGCGAAGACAACGAGGACAUUGAGGAGAUCGUCAGGCAAUCUGAUCUCGGUGCUGGACCUUGGAACUUGACCUUUCCAGAUCAGGGGGAUAGUCUUCGGCAUAUAUCUCGUCUCCCAAGUCAACCUCCGCUCGCACCAGAAAGCCAGGAGCUGUUAGCGUUACGAUUUGACAAGCUCACCUGUGGUAUUCUAUCCGUGAAGGAUGGAGUGUCCGAAAAUCCGUGGCGUACUCUAAUCUGGCCCCUCGCCAAAAGCACUCCUGCUUUGUAUCAUGCAAUUUUCGCCCUAUCAGCAUUCCACGCAGCCAAAGAAGACCCGUCUCUCCGAGUCCAAGGCGUGAAGCAUAUGCGACAGAGUAUCACUUGCCUAAGGCAACAAAUCCAAAACAUGCGCGCAGACACCGCGUUAGCAACCAGUUUAGCCUUGGCAUUCGCUGACACUUGGGACCAGAACACGCGCACAUGUGUCCAACAUCUGCGGGGCGCCAAAGCUUUGAUGUUGAAGGUUCUGAAUGCUGGUCUCCAGGGCGGUCUCAAUGCAGACGAGCUGGAUCGUAUUCGGUUCUUAUACAACACAUGGACUUAUAUGGAUGUCAUUGCAAGACUUACUUCCUUGGAUGAAUCUGGGCCUCAGGAUUUAAAUCCGUCUAUCUUCCAUCUUCCUGGUGAUGCUAUUCAUGAAAUUGAUCCAUUGAUGGGCUGUGCUGCUACUCUAUUCCCGCUAAUUGGCCGAGUGGCUAGGUUGGUUCAGCGAGUGCGGAAGACCGUGACAAACUCGCUGUCAAUCGUGUCACAGGGAAUGGAGCUGAAGUCUUUGAUUGAAGAUUGGCAGCCACCACGCUGGUUUGAACCGCCCGAAGAUCCCACUUCGGAGGUUCAACACAGUAUCCAGAUGGCGCACGCAUAUCGCUGGGCGACACUAUUAUAUCUCCACCAAGCCGUCCCCGAAAUGCCUUCUGAGUCCGCUGAGGGACUCGCAAAGCGCGUAUUGAUCCUUUUGGCAACCGUGCCCCCGACAUCUCGCACAACGAUCAUCCAGAUGUUCCCCCUCUUAGCUGCCGGAGCCGAAGUUGACUGCGAAGAAGACCGGCGAUGGGUCUUAGACCGAUGGAACACUGUUCAGUCCCGCCUGAUGCUGGGAGGUGUCGAUCGCUGCCUUGACGUGUUACGAGAAGUCUGGGCUCGACGAGACGCACUCAAAGCGCAGAAGCAAGAUGACCUCCCACCACCGAGGAGACCUGGGUUCAAUUCUAGCGAAGAUACGGGCAGUCAAGGGAUGAGAUCACCGUAUCCCAGGCCGCGAUCUCUUCAUGGACGCGUAAACUCGACAGACCAUCAUGAUAUGUGCAUGCGGGGGAAAAUUGGAUCUACGAAUAUGAAGAGCGGAUCUCAAAGAAGAGGGUCGGCUCUAUCGCCCUUGGAAAACAUCCAGUUCGAGAGAACUGUGAGGAGCCGAUUGCAUUGGGUUAACGUUAUGGGAGAAUGGGGAUGGGAAGUCUUCCUCGGAUAA